UUGAGAAAACGAGGUCGUGGUACGACUCAACGGCGGGUGAGAAGGGAUUUUAAUUUUAAGUAGCACAUUUCAACGACGAGUCAGAUAAACUUUAUUCUCCAAUAGCACGAGUGAACAUUAGUUUAUGUAAACAUUUUCUUCCACUUAUUAGUGAAAUAUACAAGUCUUUUUGACUAUCUAGAUAGAAUUUAUUGAAAUUUGGAAAUAGUGAAAAGCUAAUUCCAAAUCCUUCCACAAAAGAGAAAUUACUCAUCUAUUUGUGAGUGUGAUUAAACUGUUGUUUAUAUUCGAUGUGCUAAGAGAAGUGUCACAAAUCUUGCAUUAAAAAAGCGUUACAAUAGUACAAUUUUGUAAUCGACAAAAAUGGAACAACUACAGACUGCACUAACAGCUAUUAAGGUCCUUCGUUCAAGUGUUGGACAAGUGUUUGAGUCUCUUGGAAAUGGUCUACGGGCAGAACAUGGAGAAGAAAACAAAGAAUCCAAGUAUUUGCUUGAAUUGCAGGAAUUGUUAACCACAGUAAAUCUUAAUUUAAGGGAUGUAGAACAGGCAGUGAACAGUUUAAAUCCACCACCAGGUCCAUUUAAUUUAGCUAGCACAACUUUUCUCAGUCAAGAGACUACACAGGAGAGACAAGGACUCUAUAGUACACUUGUUAAUAGCUACAAAUGGAUAGACAAGAUUCACGAGUAUAGCAAUAUUGCCCAGGCAUUGCUCAGCCAAAAUUCCCUGAAGAGAUCCUAUACAACUUCGACCAGAGCUAAAAGGGGAAGAAUUCCUACUAGCAAUCACAAUGCAUCCCAACAGCAAGUCGAUAGCAUGAUAUCAACGUUCGAUCGGAUGUUCAACGAUAUGACGGUGUCCGUGUCGCGUCCCUUCGCGUCGAAUGCGGUAUUACACGUCACCUUAGGUCACGUUCUGCAGGCGGUGAUAGCCUUCAAGGGUUUAAUGAUAGAGUGGGUCGUGGUGAAGGGUUACGGCGAGACGAUGGAUCUGUGGACAGAGUCCAGAUACAAGGUUUUCCGCAAAGUAACAGAAAACGCAAACGCUGCAAUGUUGCAUUUUUAUUCGCCUACGUUGCCCGAACUGGCGGUGCGGUCAUUCAUGACGUGGUUCCACAGUCUGAACAAUUUGUUCAGCGAGCCUUGCAAACGCUGCGGCUUACACUUGCACAGUGCGCUGCCACCAACCUGGAGAGAUUUCCGAACCCUAGAGCCUUAUCAUCAGGAGUGCAAGCCGUAAGACGCAUAGCAACUGUUGCGUCUUGCCUUUUAAUUGAAUCAACGAUUUUCUAUACUGAUAUUCUAUUGAUUAUUCAUCCGACACAUCAUUGUGUAUAUCAGAAAAUGUUGAGUUCGUCAAUAAAAUAUAUUGCACAUUCUA